UUACCUGGUGGUGAGUCGGUUUACUGUAGGCAGCAAUGGCGAUCAUCAAGUGAUUAUCAAUGUAUAGGUGCUCGGGAUACUGAGUCGCAGCCAAAUUAGAGUUUACGCCGACAUAAUGGCUUCAACAUCAGCCGACAGCAAUGGUGAAGAUACUCCAGCGGUCGACGAUCAGACUGGCGAGCUACACUCAGAGUUGGUAGAGGGGGUUUCGGGCCUGAAAUCAGACGAGAAGUCGUGCGUCACCGAGGACGGGGAAAGAGUUGAAGCUGAUGGCGGGCAGGAAAAACAUGAGGAUGACAAGAAACCUUCAUCACCUGAGCAUGCAGUCGUUAAUGACGAGCAGACAGCGGUGGACUGCAAAAGUGAAAUGAUGGCAGUUGUCAAUGAAAACGAAAACAAUGUUUCGACGACGCUCGAAAAUGACAGUUGUGGUCCUGAACGCGAAGAUGCGACAGUGAAGGCAGUGAAACAGGAACAGGUAUCAGUGGAUGAAAAUGACUCUCCUGCAAAUAAACAGUGCACUGGAUGUAAACCAAACGAGGAAACUAAUGUUACAGACAAAACUGUGAACGAGGGCAGCGAAGAUGACAACAAGAGACGAGUUAGCAUAGAGAUGUCGUCUUCUGAUGGAGAACCACUCAGUCGCAUGGACUCCGAAGACAGUAUCAGCAGCACGCUGAUGGACAUGGAGAGCACGGCGUCCAGCGGUCGCUCCACGCCGGCCAUGAUGAACGGCCAGGGCAGCCUGACGCCCUCCUCGGGCAAGAGCGUGGCCUACGCCUGCUGCUGGGACCAGUGCCUGGACCGCUACGGCUCCAGCCCCGACCUGGCCGAGCACCUCCGCGCUGUCCACGUGGACGACCAGCAGGGAGGGGAGUUCAGGUGUCUGUGGAAGGGCUGUAAGGUGUACAACACGCCAUCUACCAGUCAGAGCUGGCUGCAAAGACACAUGCUGACCCACAGCGGAGACAAGCCCUUCAAAUGUGUGGUAGGAGGCUGUACGGCCAGCUUCGCCUCUCAGGGAGGGCUGGCGAGACAUGUGCCCACGCACUUCAGCCAGCUGAGCUCGUCCAAGGUGUCCAGUCAGGGCAAGCUGAAGGAGGAGUCCCCGUCCAAGGCCGGCAUCAACAAGAGGCGCAAGCUGAAAAACAAGCGCAGGAGAUCUCUGCCUCGGCCGCACGACUUCUUCGACGCGCAGACCAUGGACACCAUCCGGCACCGGGCCAUCUGCUUCAAUCUGGCGACCCACAUGGAGAGCCUGGGCAGUGGGCACAGUGUGGUCUUCCACAGCACGGUAACGGCCAGGCGGAAAGAGGAUUCCGGCAAGGUGAAAGUUCUGUUGCACUGGACGCCAGAGGACAUCCUGCCAGAUGUGUGGGUGAACGAGACGGAGCGAGGCCAACUGAAGACCAAAGCGGUGCACUUAUCCCAGCUGCCUCGGGACACAGCCGUGCUGCUGGACCCCAACAUCUACCGAACUCUUCCCCAGAAGCGACUGAAGCAGAGGAUGCUUCUCUAGCCAGAGGAAGAUGCUGUAUCAGCUCACUGCAGCCCUCAAGUGUAGCGUGUGUGGAAGAGCUUCAUCUCUCAUCAACUCCAUUGUCUCCUAUAUCUUCUAAAACACUUUUUUUUUUUUUUUUGUUAAACGCAUUUUUCAAGAUCCAGAAUAUAAAAAGUCAGAUUUUUUAUAAUAAUGAUAAUAUUUUUUUUUAUUUUUUUUUGUCUUCUUUGGUACCUCAGUACUUUCUUCAAUAUGUGCGUGAUCCAGUGGUUGUGUUUUAUGAAAGCAUUUAUGAAUGCAUUGCUCAUGACCAUUUACAACAAAAAAAAUGUAUUGUUUAAAUUGUUUAAUUUAUUUUUCUAACUUGGACUUUUAGUGAUUUCUAAAUGAUGUUAACUUUCAUCUUGAUACAAGAGCUGCUCACAAUAGACCCUAAGGGCUCGUUAGAAGCCAUACCACCAGUCCAGGGCUCCUAGGGGAUCCCUGAUGGUGUUCCUCCACAUGAUGGUGGUAGUAGUAGUAGUGGUGAUGAUGACUAUAGUGGCAUACAGAUUCUUACAGUCAGCAUUGGUGGUCUAAAAAGAUUGCAGGUUAAUGCACCUGUGUUAAAACAUGGCUGACGGCAUCUGUCGAUAAUGGCAUCAUGUAGCUGUGCUUGAAAGUAAUGUAUGCCAGUCAGCUUGCAAUGAAAGUUUAAAUAUGCUUGAUAUACUUUGUACAGAAGAAAGACAGAAUGUUUAUCUGUGUAAAUGUUGAUGUCCUACAGACAGCAAAGCUGCCUUAUGUCGUAGCAGUUGGUGUGAAACCUCACAUCUCACCACACUGACGUUAUCAAGAAAAGAUGAGAAGCAACAUAGAUGAACCUAUGUUUAGAAUAUUUACAUCUUAUUGUAUAUUUAUGUUGAAAAUUGCAAUAAUAAUGCUACAUAACUAACUAGAAAUGCAAUUCCAAGGAAU